GCGGAACACACGGCGGCUUCGUCGGUCGCGGCGCACACGUUACCGAACCGCGCGGCCACUCGAAACGCAUCACACGCUGCACGCGGCUCCCGUCCGACAGUACGACGCGACGACGUAGUUAUAAUUUAUUGUACGCACGACCGCCGCGAUAUUGAAUAUAAUAUACCUAAUUUAGGUUUUGUUUUUCUUAAAAUUUUUCAUCAUCGUUAUUAUUUACGCGCGCGAAGAUCGAAUAGUUUUCUCGCAUCGAGUAAAAUAUAAUACACGUAUCUGUUUCGUUUUUCCGGUUUCGUUUUUUUACGCGUAUAAAAUAUAUAUAUAUUAUUAUAAUAUAUAUAUUUUACUGCAGUGAUGAUCAAAUCGGAUUGAUCGUGAUCGCCACACGUGAAAAUUAUAUAAUAUUAUAUAAUAUAUUAUUAUAUAAUAAAUAUAAUAUAUAAUAUACUUAUAUAUUAUAUGCGUUACAUUGGAUUAUAACGUCGUUCAGUGCGCGGAUUCGUUUUUUUUUUUAACUUCAACACAGUUCCUUCAAGCAUGUUACAAGGCAUUACAAGAUCCGAACAAGCGGGCUUACUGCCUCACCAUCACCACCAUCACCACCAUCACCAUCACCAAUCGUUGACCGCCCACCAUGGGAUCGGCACGGGAUCAGCGUGGCCGCCUAACCAUCACGAUGAUCUCGCACACAAAGUUGGUAACACUGCUGAUUACGAUGGUAGGAUUAUUGCAACGCGUGAAUUAGACUUGGGGCACAGUGGUGUUAAUCAGCUUGGCGGAGUGUUCGUUGGUGGCAGACCGUUACCAGACUCUACACGACAGAAGAUCGUCGAACUAGCUCAUUCCGGAGCCAGACCCUGUGACAUAUCGAGAAUCCUACAGGUAUCCAAUGGAUGCGUUUCAAAAAUCUUAGGAAGGUAUUACGAGACCGGUUCUAUCAGGCCCAGAGCGAUUGGUGGUUCGAAGCCCAGGGUAGCAACAGCUGAAGUGGUGUCUAAGAUAUCUCAAUACAAACGCGAAUGUCCGUCAAUAUUUGCUUGGGAAAUUCGCGAUCGAUUGCUACAAGAAGGCGUAUGCUCCAACGACAACAUACCUAGCGUGUCUUCGAUCAACCGCGUGUUACGCAAUUUGGCGGCGCAAAAGGACCAGCAAGCACCGGCGUCCGUGUCGCCGACUUGCAGCAGUACGGACGCCGUGUACGACAAGCUGAGACUGUUGAACGGUCAGGCGGCGGCGGCCGGCACAUGGCCCAGACCCAAUCCUUGGUACCCACCAGCAUCUGGCGAUAACCCGUUCGGUCCGCUACAACCGACCGGCCGGCUGAGUCCGAACGCCGCCAAUUGUACCGUCUUGCCCGACAUACUCGACAAAAAAGUUUUAGACUUAGACGGAGGAAUGGGAUCUGAUGAAACGUGCACGUCCAUCGGGGAUAACUCCAACCACGACGGUUCUUUGAUUGGUGGAACCACCGGAUCGGCCAACGACGACGACCAAGCGCGACUCAGGCUGAAGAGAAAACUGCAAAGAAACCGUACAUCGUUCACCAACGACCAGAUUGAUAGUUUGGAAAAAGAAUUCGAACGGACGCAUUAUCCAGAUGUAUUCGCUAGAGAAAGACUCGCUGGGAAAAUCGGUUUGCCGGAAGCAAGAAUACAGGUAUGGUUUUCGAACCGACGGGCCAAGUGGCGACGGGAAGAAAAACUGCGCACCCAACGACGUCCAAAUUCCAACCAAAACCAAUCGAUGGACCCGCAAAAUCAACAACAACAGCAACAGCAGCAGCAGCAGCAACAGCAACAGCAACAACAGCAACAGCAGCAGCAGCAGCAGCAACAGCAGCAGCAACAAUCAUCUCCGAACAGGAUGAAUGGUUUUGCAAACAACCCCGAUACCAAUCCAAACAUGUACACAACUAUCGGCAACCACGACACGUUCAGCCCGAUGUCAAUGAAUUUCGGUAUGCCCGGCGGCAACAACGAGAACGGCCUGUCGCUGCCGAUCAUGGGCGGCCACCACGCCAUGACCGGCGGCGGCGACCAGCGGGACGCGUACGGCUGCAUGUCCAGACCCACGUACGACACGUCUCCACCGCUGGCCAUCGGCGCACCCGGCUACCUGAGGCCGCCCGUGUCGCCCACGUCCAACAACAGCAGUCCGCCGACCCACCACGCGGCCGCCGCCGCAGCAGCCGCCGCCGCUGCUUACCAUCACCACCCGCCGCCCAUCAACGGACACCAUCCGCACCACCACGCGCACCACCAAUACAACAUGAACGGCUCAAACUCCACAGGUCUCAUAUCGCCCGGAGUUUCGGUGCCAAUCGCCGUGCCGGGGCACACGACCGACCUGUCCUCGCAAUACUGGCCACGCUUGCAGUGACAUCAGCUUGUCAAAA